UCCUCGCAUAGCUCAGCAAGACCUCAGCCAUGAGACCUCUCCUCCUGGCCCUGCUUGGCAUCUGCUUUCUCACUGAAUUCAUCGUGGAAGGUGUGGGGAGUGAAGUCCUAGAAAAGAGCAUCUGUGUAAGUUUAACGACCAAGAGACUACCAAUUAAAAACAUCAAGACCUACACCAUCAAGGAGGGCUCCAUGAAAGCUGUAAUAUUUAUUACCAGACGUGGCUUUAAAGUCUGUGCUGAUCCACAAGUUGACUGGGUGAAAAAGGCAGUAGAAAUUGUGGACACGUCUGCCAGAAGAAACAUGAAACAGACCAAGCCUACAGGAGCCCAACAUUCCACCAAUACAGCUGUGACCCUGACUGCAUAGUGGUCUUCUGGCCCCUCGUUUCCUCACUAGCCAGCCAGCUCAUUUCCCUUUAUAAACUCCUGGACUAAUUAGAUUAUAUUCACUUUUUAUAAAAGUGCUGCAUGAGCCAACUUAUUUUCUUGUAUUUUUAUUUUUUAUG